AUGGCGGAAUGUUCCAGCGACUCAUCCAGUGAUUGUAACAACCUUGUAACAAAUCUGUUACAAAAAACUUGUUGCUACAAGUUAUGCAAAUUUUUAUGUGUUGCAGCUAGACUAACAGAUAAAGGUAAAAGAACAGCAAACAGACCCCUCUCAAAGAAGAUAUGCUCUGAAUGUGGUGUCUCACAACCUGUAGCAAAGAGAACAUGUUUGGAAUGUGGUAAUGUUUUUAGAAAAAAAAUAAAGAUUAGUGCUGAAAAAAUUAAGAAGAAAGGGAAAACAAAUCCAACGGAUCAAAAAGACAUGAUGCAUGCACGGGCACGUAUAUUACACGAACGGCAUCAGUGUGAUAUUGUCAUUCUUACCCACAAGAAGCAUGGGCUGGGUUACACCAUCUCUACCUAUGGAACAGAAGGAUUGGCAGAGAUGUUUAUUGGGAGAACCUCUUCAGAUCGAUCUGAAGAAGGACAUGCCAUUGUGGCACUUUUUGAGCGAUUUAUGACAGUGCAAAGAAACAAACAAAAGCAACAGCAAGAAGAAGAACAGCAGCAGCACAUCAUGAACAACAGCACCAACAAGUAG